AUCCCCCUUGAAUGACCUCACGAGCAAGGGGUGGUUGAUAACUGCACCUAUGCUUGAAUACCCUGGCUAUGCAGGCUUCAUCAUGAAGACUCGUCAGUCAAUACUUAGUAACAUACCUUGGUGAGCCUGAGUGAGGCUUCACUUUUCUCAUCACAACCCAUGAUUGGCAUCCCUGGAACCGAAGCUCGGAGAACGGUCGCUCCUUGGCACCAAGGACAUGUUCUGGCAAUUUUCAGUCUGAUUAAGGCAGUGAGUUUGCCAACACUAAGGAAAAAGAAUCGAGCAUGCAACCAGGGCGCGGCUCAAGCCGCCAGCUGGGAGUCAGUACGAAUUAUUGUAGGUAGGCAUGGAAAUGGUACACUACGGGCCGAACCCGCGCCCUACGGCCGCCCCCCCUGCGGCCUCGGGCCGGUCGGCAACUGGAGCCUGCCCUCCUUUUGUUCUGCCUGGUGGGACUCACUUAGGACUUUCCUCAUUUUCCCAAGGUCCUCGCAGCAGAGUUUAUUUCCUUUCUCGAUGCUAGCCUGUGUGAGUCAGGAAGGUGAGCUGCGCGAGCACAGGUUCCACUCCUGGGAUCUUCGACAACUGGUGGGCCUCCGGGUCGCGGGUUGUACCCAGCAGGCAAUUCAUACUUUGGCUAUUGAUAUGAUUGAGUGUAGAUUCGAUGAAAGUCUACCCCGGAGGCCUGCAUCAAGAGAGGGGCCGGCAUUCAUGCAUCCCAGCACCGAGUGAAUGCUGCAGUUCCUUGAGGACUUUGUGAUAUCAAUCGAGCAAAGGAUGCCCGUUACGCUGGUGGUUCUCGCGCAUUGGACGGUCCUGCUCAAGUGCAUUAGCGCCGUGUGGUAUCUGGACGGCUGGAGA